AUGCAAGAUUAUGAAAGUAAUACCAAUAUACAACUAAAAUUAUGCGAGUUAGUAGAGGAUGUGCGUAGACGAUUUCCGAAAAUGCAAACAACGCUCUCUAUUCAACAGCUUAUUGCACCAAGUACAUGCUCUCGAUCGAAGGCAAUUCCUAGACCACAAAAUUGCUUUAUGAUAUUCAGAAAAGAUGUAACGGCGAUGUUGACAAAAGAACAAAAGAUACGCGACGGCCAGGAAACAGUAAGACUUUCAUCAAAAAUGGCCAGCGAUGAAUGGAAAAAAAUUAAAAAUGACAAAAAGAACUACCCUGACGAGGACAGAGAUUUGGAUUUUUGGAAGUUAUUAAGUGAGAUAGCUGACUGUCAGCACAAAAUUAUGUUUCCAGAAUACAAAUAUAGUCCUAACCAAAAAGAAAAAAGAAAAAGACGUAAAAAAAUUAACCAUGCUGUUAGCGAUAACUUUGUACCUCAACCAUUACUUCUUCAGUCGUCAGAAAACGUGUACCUUAAUAACAUAUAUGAUGAGGGCAAUAUCGACACUAACAACGUAGCAAUUACGCAAUCCGAUAUAAUAGAUGUGCCGAUCUAUGAUUUAGAUUAUGGUCUUUUUUCGCUUUUCGACGAUCUACAGACAGCCGAUUUUUGUGACGAUUAUUCUUAUUAUAGCCAUACAUUAUAG